CCGACCCGCACAGGCCUCGAUCGAUCCCCGGCCGCCGCCAUCGAUCACCGACCCGCUAUAAGUAUCUCUACGAACCAAAACCUCUUCUCAGAGAGCGAGCGCAACCAUGGAGCGUUCGGCCAUGGAAGGCAUCUCGGAGCGCCUGGCUUCCGUCGACGGCCUCUACUUCCCCGGCGCCAUGCACCGCGAAGCCCCCGACCACGCCCAGCGCAAGUCCGCCCUCCUCGAUCUCCUCUCCCGCGACGCUCCCAUCUUCCUCGAGCGGUACGGCUCCGAGCUUACCUCCGACGAGCUCCGCGAGUUCGAGAAGUUGAAUCAGGACUACGAGGUGGGAUGGCACCUCAACCGGCUCCGCCGCGGCCGGAAUCCCACGGCGGAGGACGACCGGACCAGGUCGGUGACGGUCAAGAAUCGCCGGAGGGCCUAUAUGGAGCGGUUGGUUCAAGACGGGGAGUACUUCUCGGAGGAUGCGAUGAGGGAACGGGAACCCUAUCUCCACCACGAAUACCUGGGCAAGUUCCAGGACCCCGCCGGGAGGAGCCUUUCUAGGCCCGGAGAGCGGUGGUCAGAGACAUUGAUGCGCCGAUGCGAGGAGGCCAUGCUGGUGGAGAAGAUCAGAGGGGAGCAACAGCGCUUGGGGGUUGAUAAGAGGGAGUGGAUUGGUGGUGGUGGAGAGGAGGAGGAGGAGGAGGAGGAGGAGGAGGAAGAGGAAGAGGAAGAGGAAGAGGAGGAGGAGGAAGAAGAUGGUGAUGAUGAUAUGGCUUUAGAGGAACCCAAAGUUGGGGACUCACCAGAGAUGCUUAACCCAGACGCCCAUGACACUUGUGCGAGCGCUGCUGCAGCAGUGCCCUUGGAGCAAACACCGUCCGUGGAAGAGAUGCAAGAUCUACUGGAACAGUUCACUCAUGUAAUGCAGCAGAAGUUUCUGGCGGGAGAGGAUACUGCUUAUAUCGAUUAUUCUCUGAUAGACAAAGACGAGAGAUUGGACGAUCACUGGCUCCGGGAAGCUAAUUACGACGCCGAGGAGAAAUAUUUUGAGGAAGACUAGUGGUUGGUGAUCGGCCAUCCAGUAUCCAUCCAUGAACAGUUAAACACAACAGAUACGCCACUCAUCUCUUUGUCAACUUUUAGAUUGGAGAUCUCUUCUGUAUUCGUCUUUAGGCUCUCUGUUGUAUAUACAAAAGCACCAACCAUAGUUGUUAUUUUUUGUAUA